UCAGCAGUCACGCAAGAUGUCAAUCCCAUUCCAGCUGGACGCGCGUUCUCUCCUUCAACUCCAGACAGGCCUCACUUUCGCAACAGCAGCAUUCCAUGCACCUCCCUACAACCUCGCAAUGUUCCUCUUCGGAGUAUACGCCAUCGACCAGACUACCGCUAACGAGCCCCUGCGUUUGUUCGCCGGAAUGUUGGCCGUCAGCUUGGUCUGGGACCUCAUAUGGAUGAUCACGAAUGGACAACAUAUCCUCGUCAGACUACUCUCUAUCCUCAUACUCGUUAUGAAGCUACCAACGUUGUCUACCGUCAUCGCCUCUCUGAGGCAGAGGGGCGACUACCUCGCCUCCCGUAUUGGGACAGGCGAUAUCGGGGGGUCGACCAUAUGGACGAUGCCGGGCGGCUUUACCCGUCAAGCGGGGUACGACUCGCUCGAUAGCGGCGAGGCUGGCGGGGCGUAUGUGGAUGCGCCUGCUGGGAACGCUCCCAGGCCGGGGCCGCCUCAGACUCACCCGCCCCCUCCGAGUGGGGCGGCACCGGGGGCUUAUGAGUCUGUGUAGAACUUCCGAAUGUAUGAAAAGAGCGCAAUGACAUGCUUGCU